AUGACGAACACUUACCGCGCUGCAUUUGGGUCCUCCUCUCCUUCCACCAACGAAAGCCGUUACACAGAGAGUGAAAGCACUUUCUAUGUACAUAACCCACACCUGGAUGGGAUGAAAGAUGACUUUCUCUACCACUUUAACCUGGGGACCUCCACACACAACCUGCCUGCCAUGUUUGGGGACGUCAAAUUUGUGUGUGUUGGGGGCAGUCCCUGGAGAAUGAAGUCCUUCAUAGAGUACAUUGCUGGAGAGCUGAGUCUGGAGGACCCCAAGGCUGAGUACCCCAACAUCUGUGCAGGAACUGACCGCUAUGCCAUGUACAAGAUUGGCCCCGUGCUGUCCGUCAGCGUACGUGAAGAAAUAAAAUACCACUCGCCAUUUCAAUCACUUCUGAUUUAUUAUAGUGUCACUAGAUGUUAGUAGGUUUAACACGGGUUUCAAUCACUUGUA